AUGAUCUUCUCAGGACAGGAAGAGUUAGCCCUGGUCCUGGAGAGCCUGAGGGUGCUUACCCAGCCACCAUCAUGCAAGGUGGUGCUGGCGGUCAGCCUGCUGCUGGGAGCUGGAGGCCUCUACCUCUGGUUCCAGUGGAAGAAGAAAUCCAUCAAAGCCAAGAAGGAUUGUAGGACAGAAUCUGUAGCAUCCACUGCCAUAGGGAAUAAGAGUGAUCCCUGGAUCAAAUCCCACUUCAGCCGCCUUUCAGAUGAAAAGUUAUGUGCCCUGCUGCAAGAUUGUGGGAGUGGGGAGGCCAGUUCUGCUAGUACCAACGUGCAAGUGGAAACCUGUACCUCGAGGGUGAAAGAAGGGAAAAGUCCUGAUAUCCACAAGGAAUCCUACAUCAGCAGGCAGAGGACAUCAGGAAGCAAAGUGUUCAAGAAUUCUCACAGAGAAUCUUCCAAGUCGACUUCAGCAGAUGAGUCAACAUGGGCAUCAGUGGCUGCAUGCGUGCGGGAAAUCGACAUCACGGGUCGGCACCUGGCGGAUUCCAUGCUUCAGCGGGCCACAGAAUACCAGAACUCUGGUCAUUUGGAAUCCAAGGACAUUAAUAAAGAGGAACUCAAGGCCCUGGAGGAAGUAGAGAUGAAAGUCAAAGGGAAUUUCUUGACCCAUCGGGAAAACAAUGUAGCCGGCUCCUGCAGUGGCUACCACACCCAUGGCAAUCACAGCCAACCACCUCGUGGCUGCCAGCUGGGUCGGCAAAACAUUUGGAUCUUCUACAGUGCCUAA